CAAAAAUUGGCGCGCUGUGUUGCACCCCUCUCCGCGCGCGCGCGAACGGACCCCAGCAGAUUUCCGUAUGCUUCGUAACUUUUAAUUGACUUACCGAGAAUUCUAGCAGCUUCCAUUAAAUCUCUCCAGAAAAAUUGUUCCCAUUACCUCAAUAUUCGCUGAACGGAAGAAUGUGACAGUGAUUCAUCAGGGUCGUGAACUCGCAACCCUUACGGAGCAGCCCAGGAAUCAAUGAGAUCCGUCAGGAGCAGUUGCCAGGGCAACCAAUCUUCUCCCCCCUCCUCCCCCUCCCUUCCCGAGUCUCGGACGGCGCAAGAUUUUCCCGGGAUCACGAGCAUCGGAGUUUCCCGUCACUCCCGAUUUUCCAUCAUGUCAAUCUUCAGUUGCUUGAAAUAAUUCGUCUUUAUCACUUGGAAAAUGAAGCAAAAAAUUGUUCCUGCACUGCAUCUGUUGUUUAGCAUCGCAUGUCUACAUUAUGUGUCAACAGACGCUCGCAACCCCUCAACGUUUUACAUAGGUGGAGUUCUCAGCAACAAUGAAAGUCUCGCGCACUUCAAAAACAUAAUAUCGGUGCUGAAUUUUGACAGUACUUUUGUCAACCGUGGAGUAACGUUUUAUGAUGCUGCCAUUCUCAUAGAUGCCAACCCCAUUCGCACUGCCCUAAACGUGUGUAAAGAUUUGAUCGGGAGUAAAGGAGUGUAUGCUGUUAUUGUAUCUCAUCCUCUCAUAGGUGAUCUUUCUCCGGCAGCUGUCUCCUACACCAGUGGCUUCUAUCAUAUUCCAGUUAUUGGAAUAUCCUCUAGAGAUUGUGCCUUCUCCGAUAAAAACAUUCAUGUCUCAUUUCUGCGGACUGUUCCUCCGUACUCUCAUCAAGCUGAUGUGUGGGUUGAAUUAUUGAAACAUUUCAACUACAUGAAGGUAAUAUUCAUCCACAGUUCAGACACAGAUGGUCGGGCGCUACUGGGACGCUUCCAGACAACAUCACAAAAUCAAGAAGAUGACGUUGAAAUCAAAGUCCAAAGUGGCUCAGAGAACUUAAAUGAUUCUCACCUGACCACUCGAGAUUCAUUGCAGGUGGAGUCCAUCAUAGAGUUUGAACCUGGCCUCGAUACAUUCCAUGAUCAGCUCAAGGAAAUGAAGAAUGCUCAAGCACGCGUCUAUUUAAUGUAUGCAAGCAGUAAGAAGGAUGCUGAAGUAAUAUUCCGAGAUGCGGAGGCACUAAACAUGACCGAUGCUGGUUACGUCUGGAUAGUAACUGAACAGGUGCUCAAUGCAAGUAAUGCCCCUGAAGGGAUCAUUGGACUUAGACUCAUGAACGCAACAAGUGAAGAGGCACACAUCAAAGACAGUGUACAUGUCUUAGCCUCAGCUCUAAGGGAAAUGAACAAAACUGGAAUCAUAACAGAGGCUCCACAAGACUGUGACAAUUCAGGAUCCAUCUGGGAAACUGGAAAAACCCUUUUUGAAUACGUGCGGAAACAAGUUUUGUUGAAUGGAGCGACAGGGAAAGUUGCUUUUGAUGAUAGCGGAGACAGAAUUUUUGCAGAGUACGAUGUAGUUAACCUACAAGAGGGAAAGCGUAUUGUUCCAGUUGGACAAUAUUACUUCAAUGCAGAACAAAACAAAAUGAAACUACGCAUUGAUGAUGGAAACAUAACCUGGCCUGGCAGGUUGCAGUCUAAACCAGAAGGAUUCAUGAUUCCAACUCAUUUGAAGGUUCUUACCAUUGAGGAAAAGCCGUUUGUCUAUGUCCGAGAACUCUCAGGAGCCGCUGAAGCUGCGGGUGAAGGGUGCGGGCCUGAGGAAAUACCUUGUCCACAUUUUAAUUCAUCUGAUGAAGAUUCGCGAACAUUUUGUUGCCGAGGAUACUGUAUCGAUCUAUUGCGGCAGCUCUCACAGACCAUCAAUUUCACCUACAACCUAGCUCUAUCGCCUGACGGUCAAUUUGGCAGCUACCUAAUUAAAAAUACCUCUGUUGGAGGGAAGAAGGAGUGGACAGGACUGAUCGGAGAGCUAGUUGCUGAACGUGCUGACAUGAUAGUUGCUCCGUUGACAAUUAAUCCAGAGAGAGCAGAAUUCAUAGAAUUUAGCAAGCCUUUCAAGUAUCAAGGUAUCACAAUUCUAGAGAAAAAGCCAUCCAGGUCAUCAACCUUGGUCUCUUUCUUGCAACCAUUCAGCAACACUCUCUGGAUUUUGGUCAUGGUCUCUGUGCAUGUCGUGGCCCUGGUCCUCUACUUACUCGACAGGUUCUCUCCAUUUGGACGCUUCAAACUGUCCAACUCAGACAGUACGGAAGAAGAUGCUCUGAACUUGUCAAGUGCAAUUUGGUUCGCUUGGGGCGUUUUGCUCAACAGUGGUAUCGGUGAAGGGACACCACGGAGCUUUUCUGCUCGAGUUUUAGGCAUGGUUUGGGCAGGAUUUGCUAUGAUUAUUGUCGCAUCCUACACUGCCAACUUGGCUGCUUUCCUCGUCUUGGAACGUCCAAAAACGAAGCUCACAGGAAUUAACGAUGCUCGGCUUCGCAACACAAUGGAAAAUCUGACCUGCGCCACAGUGAAAGGCUCGGCAGUUGAUAUGUACUUCCGACGACAGGUUGAGCUCUCAAACAUGUAUCGUACAAUGGAGGCCAAUAAUUAUGACACAGCUGAGGAGGCAAUUCACGAUGUGAAAAUUGGAAAGUUGAUGGCUUUUAUAUGGGAUAGUUCUCGACUUGAUUUUGAAGCUGCUCAAGAUUGUGAACUUGUCACAGCCGGUGAAUUAUUUGGACGAUCAGGAUAUGGUAUCGGUUUGCAGAAAGGAUCACCUUGGUCUGAUUUUGUAACACUGGCUAUAUUGGAUUUCCAUGAAAGUGGUUUCAUGGAAAGUUUAGACAACAAGUGGAUCCUGCAAGGCAACCAGCCGCAGUGCGAGCAGUAUGAGAAAACACCUAACACUCUAGGCUUGAAGAAUAUGGCUGGUGUGUUUAUUCUGGUAGCAGCUGGCAUAGCCGGCGGUGUAGGCUUGAUAGUCAUAGAGAUGGUUUACAAAAAACACCAAAUUCGCAAACAAAAAAGGAUGGAACUCGCACGGCAUGUGGCAGAUAAAUGGCGUGGAGCUAUUGAAAAACGAAAGACAUUACGAGCAACGAUUGCAGCCCAAAGGCGACUGAAAUCCAAUGGAGUCAAUGACACGGGUGAAGUGGUGCCACGUGGAGUACUGCAAAUAGUGAGCCCGAUAAGAUCUGUUGAGUCCUUACCAAGACAUGUCAUCGAUGCACCAAGCCCUAUUCGUGUCUGGCCUGGUAGCAACAUCAGGCAGCGAAGGACGGAUGAAAUUCACUCGCCUCCAGCAUACGAUGCCCAGCCCAGUGACUUGAUCGUCUGAAAUUAAUACCUGUAAGCUUUUUUUCGCCAUAGAAUUAAAAAUAUCUUCUGAUCCAAGCAGCUUGGUUUUUCGGAGCUUCCAGAUGUAAAUUUGAAUUUGUUCAACAUUUUCUUAUACUAGUAGCCGACCAAGUCGGAUUUUUUUCUUCCGGUAAAAACUUGAAAGGAAACCUGUCAAAUUUCGGAUCAAAAAGCAUUGUUGUGUUUCUUGACAAAAGUAUUCAGUAAAAUUCACUCGUUUUUUCUUUAAAAAUAUUGACCCUAUUCAAUGUUUUGAGAUGCGUAUGAAAGUCAAAUAUUAUGCCGUAAACACUCCGCAAACUGCAGUGAAAAAUCAAACACACAGAAGAACAAUUUUGUAGUUACUUGAGAGUCAAAGAAACAUUUCCUUACGUUGCAAGGAACAAUAUUGGAAAAGUAAAUUUAUUAGUCCUCUUGACGUACUGAGUAAGGGAUCUGGCAACACUGUUUUUUCUCCAUUUAAUCCAUUAAAAAUAUCGUUUUAAGUGAGACAAGCUGUCUCGCCAAGAGUCAAUCGUUUUACAUGCACUUAAAUUGAGGAAAAACAAUGUUGCCAACUUUCGAGAAUUGCCACUGCUAAUGUCUUCUCGUGUUUUUGUGCAACAGAAAACUAAUCAAUAUUUUGGGAGUGUAUCUUUUUAAACUGAGUGGAAAA